AUGGAAAAAGGCGGCCUUGGGCGCCCCCGCCUGGACUCUGUGCUCGGCGGCCUCGUCGCCGAACUACGUUUCCCGGUAGGCCCUGGGCGACUGGACGCAGCACCUAGCGGGCCGUCGGGGGCGGGGCCCACGCUGCCUCCUCCAAUCCCGGCCGUCGUCCGGCAACCUCCGCCUCCGCCGACAAGAUGGAGGCUGGCCUCGGCCGCCGCCGGGAAGCGGCACCUGAAGCCGGAGAUGGGGAGAGGCCGCAGCUCAGUCGGCCCACUUGAGGAAGCCGGCCCACGUCGCGGUCCGGAGCAUGGAGGUGCUUCUGCUCAUCGGUGUCUGAGAGGCAGAGGCGGGCGUGGCAGGAGAGGCCCAGAGGCCAUUGUGGGCACGGCAGUAGCUACCGUGGACGGGCAGUGGGGAGAGAGCUUCUUGAGGUGCAUGGCUCGGGGAAGCGGCAUGAAGACAAUCCCCCACCCGCAGGUGCUGGGGAAGGCGCCCCUUGGGAUUGGCCUCCGCCACAGUGCCAAGCGGGACCGGAAGUCCAUCACCCUGCAUGUGAAGCUGGAGGUGCUUCGGAGGUUUGAGGAGGGUGAGAAGCUGACGCAGAUCGCCCGGGCCCUGGGACUGGCCACCUCCACUGUUGCCUCGAUCCGCGUGAACAAGGACAAGAUCCGGGCCAAUUCUCAGGCAGCCACGCCCGUCAGCACCACCCAGCUGACCCGCUGCCGGGGUGUGCUGAUGGGCCGCAUGGAACGCCUCCUGAGCCUGUGGAUAGAGGAGCAGAAGCGGCAGAACCUGCCUGUCAGCACGCUGCUCAUCCAGGACAAGGCGCGCCGGCUCUUUGCCCAGCUGCAGCACGAGCAGGGCAGCGGCGCCCAGGCUGAGACGUUCGGGGCCAGCAAUGGCUGGUUUGCCCGUUUCAAGCUGCGCCACAACGUGCUGCUGACGGAUGAGCCGGCCGUGGCCGACGCCCAGGCUGCCGCACGCUACCCCGUGGUGCUGCGCGCGAUUCUGGACGAGGGCUGCUACUCACCACGGCAGGUCUUCAACGUGGACGAGACGGGCCUGUUCUGGAAGCGGCUGCCUGAGCGCAUGCUUCUGGCACUGGAGGGGACAGCUGGGCCUGGGGCCAAGGCCUCUAAGGACCACCUGACCCUGCUGCUUGGUGGCAACGCGGCUGGUGACUUCAAGCUGAAGCCCCUGCUGGUGUACCCCUCGGAGAACCCGCGUGCCCUCAGGGGCUGCUCCAAGGCCAGCCUGCCUGUGGUCUGGCGCUCCAACCGCAAUGAUUGGUUGACGCCUAGCAUCUUCCAGGAGUGGUUUACUGGUUGCUUCUGCCCAGCUGUGGAAAGCUACUGUGCCAGCCAUGGCCUCCCACACCGCGCCCUGCUGCUGCUGGACAGCGCACCCUGCCACCCUGUCCACUUGGGUGGCCUCUCAGCCCACGUGCGUGUUGAGUUCCUGCCCAAGAACACGUCAGCCCUGAUCCAGCCCAUGAACCAGGGUGUCAUUGCCACCUUCAAGGCCCAUUAUCUGCGCCACACACUCAGCCAGCUGGUCCAGGAGACGGCGGGUACAGACCGGCCCUCCGUGCGGGAGUUCUGGCACAGCUAUACUGUCAUGACGGCUGUAGACAACAUUGCUAAGGCCUGGGCAGCGCUGCAGCCUGCCGCCAUGAACGGCGCCUGGAGGAAGCUGUGGCCCGAGUGCGUGCCCGCUGGUGCCCCCGAGCCCAACGCCGUCCCCCAGCUCCGUCACAGCACUGUGACACUAGCCAGCUACGCAGGCCUCGGGGAUGUGGCCGAGGCCGAUGUUGCCCACCUGCUGCAGGCCCAUGGGGAGCCCUCGCCCUGCAGCAUCCCCCAGGAGGUGGAGGUCGGGGAUGUCAGUGACUCUGGGCUGCCCUGUGAGGCGGGGAAAGGCCUGGCCUCCAGAAGACCAGAGUCAGAUCUCAUGGAGGCCAUGGAGGGUGUGGAGACUGAGGAAGUAAGUGUGGGUGCACUGCGCCCUGAGCACCUGGCCCAGGCGCUGUCCCACUUUGCUGCUGGCCUGCGAGUCCUCAUAGAGAACGAUCCCAACCGGGAACGCAGCCUGCGGGUGUCCCGGGGUGUCCACUGUGCCCUUACCCACCUCCGAGAGCUGCAGCGGGAAAGGAGGCGACAGGCUCGGGCAGUUGCGGGGCCUCAAGGGGCCCCAUGAUGGUGGCAACAAAGGAGUUGGCAGAAAGCCUGCACUCACCCCAGGUGGGGCCCACAGAGGGUGGGCAACUGGCCAAGGGCACAAACCCUCAAGGACAGACCUCUGUGGCUGUCCUGUGUGAUAUAGGGCUUGGGCCUGACCUCAGAUGAGCUUUGUCUGAUGAUGUUUCGUUUCUGGAGGGGAGACACUGCCACUUCUCACCCAUCGUUCUCAUACCUCACGCACUGCCAUCUUUGUACAGUGGCACACAGAGCAUCAGCCUUGGGAAACAAGAGGGGGGUGGUCUCUGAUUGGCAGAUGAGCUGCGGGACCCAGGAGUGCCCAUCCGUGUCAGAGACACACCCUGUAGAAGAGCAGUUGCCAAGCACAGCCCACCAGGGUAGCCUUCCUUGUGGUGAGGGGCCAGGGUUGAGACAAGCCUCUCCUAUUUGCCAACCCUGACCUGUCCGUGCACCGUUGUGACUCUUCCUAGCCAACUCUAGAUGGGGGUUUCCUACUCUCCUUGCUCACCUUCCGUGCCAUCCUCACUCUUUCCGGCUUCCACAGCUUUUGUUGUCUGAGGUUUCUGGUACCUUCCCUGUGCCCGAGCCCAUGGGCGUGUGUGGCUUUCCUUGGUUGGAGAUGUUUUCUUCCCUGGGUUUCUGUGCUGUGGUUGUCUUGGCUUCCCUCCAGCCUCUGAGGCUGAGCCUUCUGUCACUUUAAUGGUCUCCCAGACCUAGAGCUCUUUGGAAAAUCUCAGCCAUUCUUGAGGGCUCAGUGGCCACCUCAGGGUCAGCUCCGAGCACAUUGGCUGUAGCCCAGCCUCUCCCCAAGGUUAGAAAGAAACAUGGCUCCGAUUCCAAUGGAUUGGCUCCUUGAACAGUCUUGCUAUCUCCCGUCAUUCCAGCUUGUUCUCCUGUCCCCCUAGAUUGUAACAGCAAGCACGCUGGGGUAUCCACUUGACUCUGUAGACAUACCAUAUGGGCCACCAAAACCCAGAGAGUCAUCAAGGGAAGGAGUUCUUGUACUCCAGCUAGGUGAGUCACAGGCGGUGAGCCAGGGCUGUCUGGCUUCCUGGACUCCUUUCGACACAGGUACCUGCAUGUGUCUGUGAACGUGUGCCCGUGACACACACGCAUGCCAAGAGUAAAGCUGGGAGAAAGGAUUCCUUCUACCUCUGUCCCAGCUAACACUUGCAGUGCUGGGCCUGCUGUCCAUAUGUAAAAGGGGCCGGAGGCCAGGGAGGGGUUCCAGGGUCCAGCCUUCCUGGGAGAAAGGCCAGAUGAGGUCCCUUGUUUGCUUUCUUGGGGGGAGUGGCAAAAGGGGUGGCAAGGGGACGUAGAAGAGCUUUUCUUAGGAGCCCGGUGACUGACCGGAUUAAUAAACGGCACGAAUGAUGAGCACUUGUAAUGUGCUAGGUGUUGGGGAGACCAGGGUGGGAGAGACCGGCUUCAGGAGCUGCCGGCCCAAAGGCUGUUACGUUCUGUGUGACGACGGCUACGAUGGGCGACUUGUGAGGGACCCAAACCUAGCUGGGGUCAGAGGAAGAGGACAUGAUACGGAAGGCUUUCUGGGGAGGUGCUGCCCCAGGCAUCAGAGAGGGGCCUGUUUUAGGCGGCCUAGCACGGUGUGGCUGGUGAAGCCCUGAGGACGGGGAAGCAGGAGCAGCCCCGAUGGAGGCGGAGUGCGGCACAGCAGCUGAAAGAGGCAGGUGACCAGGUGGGAGGAAAUGCCACAUCCGCCGGGCGGGAGGAGUAGAGAGGCAACUGAGCGGCAACCUGGCACAGUCGAGCGGACGGAUAGCGAGGGGAUCUGAGGUCGCGCGGAUGAGCCCAUCUGGCUCCACAGCUCUUUACCUCGGAACCCGGGACACCGCCAGCACCUCCGGGAAGGCGCCGCGGAGCGUCGGGAGUCGCACCACUGGCUCCCCCUUGAAGGCCACUGUAGAACUCCAUUUCCC